AUGCAUAGAUCCAAAACCGAAUCCAGAAACCCGUCAUUCUCCUCCACUCUCCUCGAUGAAAUCUACAAUUCCAUCGAUCCUAAAACCCACAAAGCACAACCUUUUAUCGGCUCUGUUAACACUUCCAAAAAACAGAGCAUAAGCGUAACCAGAUCGGUUCCUGACCGGAAAAUUCACCGAGAUCGGUUCUUCGGCUCUGUUUCGUCUUCCUCUGAUUCCAGCUCCAGCAUUUUCUCCUCUUCCGACACUGAGAUCACGCACGGUAAGAAGAUAUCUUCUUCCAGGCCAUUAUGUUUCGGCCCUUCCAAGACAAAACCAAGAAAAACAGAGGACAAAGCUCUGUUCCAUCAAAACAGAGCAAUCCGAGUGUCCCACGACUACGAUUACGCCUCCGACGCUACGAGAUACGACGAGAAUUGGGAAACACAUAGAAUCAAAAGAUCUUCAAAGAGCUCGAGUAAUCAAAAGAAGACCAAAACUCCAGCUUCACCUGGAGGACGAAUCGUUAGUUUCAUCAAUUCUCUGUUCAGCAGCAAUUCCAAACAGUCCACGGCGGUUAAGAGUUAUCCGAGGAAGACGAGCUACGACGAUUCCGGUUUCGUCCGGAAACCAAAUGAUUAUCAUCCAUCUACGUGUUCUUCAGCUUCUUCCUUCUCCAGGUCGUGCAUGAACAAAAGCUCCGAGAAAUCAUCUGACCGUAUCAAACGAAGCGUUAGGUUCUCUCCGGUCAAUGUUACCGUUCCAGAGAGCAGAUCCUUUGUCGACAAAUCUUCGCUCUACGCAGAAGAGGAAGAGGACUAUUUCGGUAACAUCAGAAGAAAGUCGGUGAAGAAGAAUGUGGAGGAUGGAGGGAGGAGAUCAGUGGAGGAGAUAGCGAGGGAGUUUUUGAAAGACUAUCACAAGAAUCAUGAAAACAGUUUGGUGAAGAAUAAUAAUGAUUUCGAGGAUUAUGAAGAUGAGGAUGAUGAUGAUGCAAGUGAUUCGAGUUCGGAUUUGUUUGAGCUGGAUUUAGUUGGAAAUCAUCAUAACCUGUACGGAGACGAACUUCCUGUGUAUGAAACCACUUUUGCUGGUUUGAUCCUGUGA